GUUUAUGUGGGGGCAUUAAUGACACAUGAUCUAUUAAGCCAUAGGAGUUCAGUACGUGGGUUUAUUGUACUGACACCUGCAAACCUGAACUCUGAGCCAUUCAGCCAGUAGACCGUUUUGACCUAGAAGGUUGAAGAUAUGGACAGCCUCUUUAGUUUGUACUGGUACUUAGAAAUUGAGGCUCCAAUCUCUGUUUCCUUAAUUUGCAUUCAUACGAAACGGUCUACGACCUUCGCCUAGUUUCGGCGACAUAGCUGCGGCUAUGAGCACUGCUGCAACUUUAAUAAACGACUAUCACCGUUCGUUCAGAUAACAUCAAGCUCAUAGGAUUGCUUCUCUUGCUCGAAUCAGCUGUAACAAGUUGAUAUCUCGGACGCAGUGCAGUCCUGUGGAAAAUUAGCUGUAAACUACAAUUCAGGUCAAUUCUAUUUUUACCUACUCACGUGUUUCAUGCAUUAUGUAGGUGUCAAAAUAUAUGCCAACAAGGGCCCCUUACAGAACCUUGUAUGUUGACAAUUUAUCCCUUCAAGUCAAGGCGACUACUAACGGCCAGAUGUCGCCUCUGUUAUUGAUCGUGUUCAGGUGACCGGACGAUUUCACUUACAACCUGACAUGAGGGCUGUGAGCGAUGCAUUUUCGUCUAGAAAUCGUGUGCUGCAUGAAAUAGGGAGUAGACACGCGAGUGAAACUGUUCUACUUAGCUUCUCUUUUCUCAAUUCGGAACCUUCCGAUUUCACUUCCGACUUCCCCGAUUUUUUUUCAGCUACAUUCAGGACGGCUCAAAUACGAAGGAGGACAGUUUCAUUCUGACGGCUACUGACGGCAAACAAACCAGCCAACCCCUGGUAGUCACAGUAGCUAUUCAUCCUCGGGUGCUUCACCAGCCGGUCUGGAAACUCCUUGUCAAUAACAGCAUCCUGGUGUGGGAAAACGCCUCAGUGACCCUGCACCAGUCCGUCUUCCCGCAAUCUGACACUGGAAACGACAGCAGUCCACACGACUCACGCUUCUUCCUCGUCGUGGCUCCCACCAAAGGCAGAUUAGUUUUAGAUGGACGGAAGACCGUCAAUCAGUUUUCUAACGCAGAUGUGACAAACAGUCGUAUCGCCUAUCGCCACGGACCCGCGGAGAUUGGGAUCAAGCCGCAGGUGGACAUUGCUCGAAUUUGGGAUUUCAGAAGUGGCAAAAUUUUCAGCCUCAAUUUCACGCUUACGCCCGUCAACAGUCAGGCGCCGAAGUUGGUGAGCAAGACGGCCCUACACGUAAGUCUGCGCUGGUCGUACGUACGCCAUCAUUUGGUUGCAAGUCUGUGUUGCACGUGGUGGCACGCCUUGGUGCGGGUCCGGCCGUGCCAGUCACUUGCGCCCACCCCCCGACCUUCGAUCCUCUUGACUCUGUCUUGACACCGAACCCAAAUGGGGAGUGGGGAGGAGAGAGUGCGGUAGAUGCUGCGCAAGUAUUCUAUCACUAUAAACUAAUUCACGCGCAAGUCGCCGUGUGUUUCAUCGUUCAGUGGAGCACACGGUGGAAACCGCCGGCAACGACGGUUGAACCGUCACGUGUUGCAACCAGAAGACCCUUUGCUGAUUUAACUAGAAAACGGGGUCACAGUGGGACUAAGAGACUAAGGCUCAUGACCCUAGGGAUCUGCACAUGACUCCGGUCUCAUUCAACCAUUACUGCCUCAUGAACGGAUCAUUGCUUUCAUGACAGAAGGAUCAGGAUACGUCAUCGGAGGCAGGCGGGAUCGCAGUCGUCCAGAAGAAGAGCGUUUGGAGCAAAUUCGAGCGGUUGACGGUUUGAAUCUGUUAGGCAGUCGCCAUUUUAUGACUUUUAGCCCCACACUUCCAGAGUUUGAGUUAGUGAAGCGGUCUGACCUUUGAGAAUACAGUAUUCAUUGUGGACCCUUCGGCAACGGUAGGGAAAAGGACUCCACUUAAAUGACGUCAUAGGGGCCUUUAUCUUGACAUCCAUUCGCGGCCUUUGCAGACACUACACUGCCAACAACAGUCACUUCAAAUGACUUCAAACUAUCACUUAAACUCCUUUAUUUUUUUAAAUCUAAUUUUUGUUUAUUUUUAAUUUCCGCGCUCAUUUCCAUUGUCGUAUGAAAGCGUACGAUGAGUCUUUCAGGCAAAAUCCAAACAAUUUCCGUGUUUAUCUGCAUUUGGUCAGCUGGCUAUCUAGUGCGCUACCCUACCCGUAACCCCCCCCCCAAUCGCCAAUCACGUAUGACACGUUCCACAGUAAAGUGGGGUCGUUCUCUAUACCGUUGCCGACCAGACAUUCAUUUGGUCAAAAACCAGGUGCCCACGAGAAGCUGUAUUUUUUGAGAUCUUAUCUGAAGGCGGGAUUUGGACGUUGUGCAAGUUUUUGCACUCACUUUCAUCCACAGGCAAAUUAACGACUGACUGUUCGAAACACGUCUAAGCGGGUCGAUCUGCGAUUUUCAAACUGCUCUAGACGGCUGUAGUGUCUACCGUGCAGUCGAUUAUACAAUACGAUGCCCAUCUACAUUUCUCGAGUCUUUUUGAGAUCUUAACCAGUUCAGAAACGUGUACUCAAAAGGGAACAUGAGUCACUCCCGCAUUUGAGUGUUGCCGAGCCAUUAUUUGGCCUCCAUCCUAACUAAAGGAUUAGAGGUAGAGUUUGACGUCGUCUACGGGUGGCGAACAACUUCUCAAACUGUCAGUGAGCCGUGAGCUGCUCGAGUCAUAGUUCUCAGGCCCGCAAUCCAUCAACAAGCGCAAUGACCUCCCGGUACCAUAUUCCGUGCUGAGAUUUUCCCUGGGCAGGGGAACCAGUCACGUGAGGAGGGCGCGGGCGAGCAAUUUUUCCAGUGACAGCGAGCAAAAUUGCCGAGUAGUCCUCACGCCAACAUCAAACACGGAGGAUAAAAUUGCGGCAAGUAACGACUCGGCGCGGACUGACAAGCUGUCAUCGCAUCAAGCACGACCCCAGCGGUGAUUGCGAGAGCUGAUAAUUACAGUGCGCAUACGGGUCCACGGCAGCAACGUGCUAUAAAUACUGCACUCCUUGUGCCACCAUUACCCUUAUCUGUGACUGUCUCUGAUGAUGGAUUCGAGUGAGAGGCCGAAACGUCAGGCCAAUAAAUUUCUUAUUUUAGUGAUUAUAUCUUCGACUUCUGAAUUUGUAUUAUCUUUUGAUUGGGGCGUGCUUUGCGCGAAAUAAAAAGGAUAUUAAUAUAUGAUGGAAGAAGGUCAGGUAGAAAGUAUUACUUUACACGUUAGCAUGACCUCUGAUUCUGGCUGAAUGUUCGAUCAGGCUUGAUAGAUGGGACCACUAACGGCUCUGCUUAAAGAUUACAAGCAAAAGAACACAUCGCUACACAUUAACUGAAGCCAGUUCAUCGUUUUAUUCAAAUUUUCGGAUUUUUUUUGUAAUAAGAGGCUAUUUGGUUAUGUAUCUUCUGCCAAAAGUGGCGCAUAUUUUCUUUGACUUCUGAGUGCGCAGCUCAAGUGUCUGACUACAUUUCAGGUGAAGGAGGGCAAGAAAGUGGUGCUUGGCUCGCAGAUCCUCUCUGUCUACGAUGUUGACACAGAGGAGGAGAAUAUAAACAUCCGCCUCAUCCAUCCACCGCGAUGGGGCCACCUGGAAUUAUGCAUCGAAAACGUCACUGUCAACACCUCCCAGGACAACGCCGCGUUUGCCUUCACCGCUCGCGAUCUCAUGGACAGCCGCGUAUGGUAUGUGAAUUCGCGACACGCGGGGGGCCAGGAGUCAGCUGGCGACGUCUUCUCCGUACGAGCCUAUGACGAGGCCUUCGCCUCCGCCGAGACCCUCGAAAUCAAGGUCAUCAUCCAACCAAUGAACGACGAGGUGCCGGUAGUGCGUCUGCUGAACCACUUCUCAGUGCCUGAGGGCGGUCGCCGCAUCCUCACACCUCACCUCUUCGCGGUGAGCGAUCGAGACGUGCCGCGGGACAUCCUGCAGAUCCACUUUCCCCAAUUGCCCACCUACGGCGUCCUGAGUGUGUACUGGCACUACGGCGAGCGACAUGUAAUCACAGCACACAGCGCACCCAUUGCGGAGACAUAUUUGGGCAUGCUAAAUCUCCUCUACGUGCAGAAUUCCUCCCUCCUACCAAGGGCUGAUGCCAGUGAUGGGCGCUAUCCUUCAUUCUCCUCCUCCUCCUCCUACGGACCUCACGUCCUCGCCGUGGACCAGUUCACUGUCUCAGUAUCGGACGGUCUGCAUGAGGUCGUCAAGACAGCUCGGAUCCUGAUUCGUAGACCAAAUCGAAUGAAACCCAGCGUCAUUUCUGAUCACAGUAGCGGCGUCCUCACCCUGACAGGCACCGCAUGGAAACUGCUCAAUGCUCUGCCCGGCGGUCUGCGUGUUGUAGACGAGGACAGUGCUGACGAGGACGUGUUGAUCAGGCUGACGAGAGCACCACGUCUGGGGCAUCUUGAAAGACUGCCCAGGAGGACGUCUGUGGAGAAUGACGGCGCUGUGGGGGCGGAUGACCUCAUUGAGGCCGCCUGGGAUGCAGAAGAGGAACAGGCGGAAAGACUGGGGAUUUCGAAGAUGGAGUUGAGGAAUGCGGGAAGUAUAGGCGGCGGGAAGUCAGCCAAGACUCUCGGCGAGGGGGACAGCUUCACAAAACGUCAACUGGAUUCAGACCGCAUUUAG